UAGAUAGAUAAAUUUAGUGAUUGUUUACUAUUUAACAUGUUAUUUGCUGUCUAUGAGAUCCCAUUUUUUGUUUUGUUUACUGUAAUAUUACUUUUCUUUAUACCUGCAUAUGCAUGGUUUGAUUUGAUUCUCAUUUUUUUUAUCCUUUUGUAUUAUUUCUCUAUUUUUUAUCAAUGCCUUUAUUAUUAUUUUUUUUUACAAGUAGUGUGCUGUAGGUAAAGUUGAAUUCAUGGUAAUCAAACAAAUAAAAAUGAUAAAUAAACAAAAGCACAUAUGAUUAUGACGUUAUGCACAUCUGAAUAUGAUUAAAAUUAAAAUUUGUAAUUUAUUUUACAGGAGAAGUAGUUUGCAUACGAAAAAAACAAAACAAAUUGCACUACAUACACAUGUAUAUUAUCUGGAAUACAGUAAACCAUUGACAAUGUAAUCGGAACAAGACCCAUUAAUUCCUGUCAAGUUGAGAAAUGUCGAACAAUGAUAAUGAAAACAAUAUAGUGCAUACGUAAUUACAUGCAACAAUUUAUCCGAAUUCAAUAAAAUGCAACCGUUUAAUGCACUUUUUCAAAAUAUAAACAUGUAUAUUAUUCAAAAAACUUAAAAUUUGAUCCAAUGCAUAUAUUUUAACCCUUUUCUUGAUUUCACAAUUUAACUUGUAAAUGUAUUUAUUUGAUAUUCAAUUUUUGUUUGGUAGUAUAAUGAAAUAAAGAGGGUUUUUUUUUUUAAUAAGUUAGUCAAACCGCUUUAGUAGCGAGAGCAGGUAUGUAUAAUGUCGAUGUGUGAGAAGAAUUUUUUUCCAUCAGUUGAUAAACAAAACCAUUUAUACAAAUAUAAUGAUUAUCAGUAAUAUUUAAUUGUGACACUGAAGGAUAAUUGACAAAUAACAAUAGAGAACGACAUUAUUGCCAAUUGUUCAUAUUUUCAAAAAACCUGGAUCAUGGAUGGUUUAGAGAUUAAAGCGAAGAUAAAAAACAAAUGAACUCUGUUUCCAACUAAAUGAAAAGGGCAAUCAAAAACAUCUCUAAUAAUGUCCGCUAAAGUGGCCAAAAAUAUUAUUAGAUUUUUAUCUUAAAAUAGGAGAUAUCAUAAAGAAUUGGCAAACGUUUAAUCUUAGUUUAAAAUAAAAGAAAGGCUAGAGUAUCUGUUAAAAUGUUAGAAUCAUGAAGGCAGAUGGAUACUAGACACUAUUAACCGUGUACAAUAAAAUUAUUCAAUUAUGGGUUAUAACAUUCAUUCCGAAGGAAAUUGUAGUAAAAUGCAACAAACCGAUUCAAAAUAUUCUUAUACAUGUAUUACAUAAAAAGUAAUUUUUUUUUUAGAAUUGAAUUAGAAUUUAUUGAUUUUUUAUGCAUAUUGGCAUUUUUCGAAGUAACAUUAUAACGAAUAAAACUGUUAUUUUAUAUUGAAAAAUUUUAAUGUAGCUAGCAGCUACGUUUACUUAGGCUUUUGUACUGGAAUAUGCAUGCUCGACUUCAAAGUAGGACAUUCUGGGAAUACGAGGGUUGUCAGAAAAGUUCGUGGACAAGGUGAUUUACGGAAAAAUUACCGUUGUACUUUGUAAGGUGAAGUAAUAAGUAUGCAAAAAAUCAUAUGAUUUUGAUAAUUCAUUCAAAAUAUACAGCAAUUUUAAGAAUGUAUGAUUUAGAUUUACUGAGCGCCAUUUCAUAAUUCCACGACGUAUUGUGACGUCAAACAACUGAAAGGCAAACCUGUCACAUUUUUCAAAGUAAUUUUUUUUUCAGUUUCACGCACUUUUUUUGUCAUUGAACCCAUUCAUAAAAUGCACCUCCAUAUCGUUAUUUGUCAAGAUGUUGUAGAGUGUCUUUUGUGUCACAUCGUAGAUCAUUUAGGUCCAAAAAUCUCUGUCCAAAGUUUCGAUAAAGCAAAGCCCACUUGUGCAAGAUUCGGGUUGUAUUGAGACGGGGAGAGGUAUGGGUUGCAGCAAGAGCUAUAAUAAUAUUAGUCCUUCUUCCAUCUUUAAACGUAGGCCAUCUCUAGGAGCAUUUAGGAACCUUUUGGUCUCAUCGGAGAUUUUCCUGCCUACAUACAAAAUUUAUGAAGGCCCGGUGUUCCAUGAUGUUCAUUGACGUUAACGUUUUUUACUUAAAUUUCAUGCGCAGGUCGUCCAUAUUCGGGGAUAGAAUUGCCAGAAAUUCUUCAAUUCAAUUGAAACUUUCACAAAAUGACCUUGACUAGAUAUUUUAACGUUACAUAAAAUAUCAUAUAAAUUUAUUUAGUUUAAACGCUACAUUUUAUUGAUAAGUCGAAAUGCGUACAAAAUACAAAAAUGUCAAAAGCCUACAUGCUCCGUGAAGCAUGUCUUAUAAUAAUGAAUAAGCUGUACAUUUUUAUGGUGCAUUUAAAAAACUAAAUCUUACAUAUGCAUUAGAUAUUACGUCAAGAUUAAAUUUGAAAAGUUUCGCUGGUUUCAUGCGAAUAGUCCCCUCACAACCGAACAACCGAACUUGUCCGCGAACUUUUCCAACAAACCGGAUAAUUCUUUUUGCACUCCACAAUAAGGUGUGUUAUAGGCAAUGAAAUUAAUAUCAGACAUUUAAACCUGAAUUCAAUUGCAAUUCUUUCAUGCGUUGGAAUUGAGUUGCGCUAUAGGGUGCAAUUUUUAAAGUUCUUUCCUAAACAAAACAAAACCUUUAACAGACCAUUUAAAUACCAAAUCAUAGUAAUGUAAAUAGAUUUUGAUUGUAAACAGAUAUUCAUCUAUUAUGUAGCUCUUGCACUGUCGUAGUUCUGUUUUGGUCGGAUUUAAUGCGUUGCACGAAAUGGCUGUGUUCGUACAAGCUAAUUUGAUAUCAGUUUAUAUGAUGGUAAAUUCUGAUUGGAUUAUUUAACAUACUGAAAUACGUUUGUUAUUGUUGUUUUCAUCAAUAUUUUCAGAAUUACCUAUAUGUAGCUAGAUGUGUCAGGAACAAUGGAAACAAACGAUGAUGAAUUCACUCUUAUGGAUAAUUUUCAUACGUUACAGACUCAUCUCAGAAUUGAUUGUGCACGGUUCCUUGGUAAAAUCUUGCAAAAAUGGCACAAAGAUAUCGAAAGUUUAAAAAAGAGUGAUACUUUUGGAAAACUUGAUGUAGAAUCCCAAGCAGAAAUCCAGAAAAGAAAUAGCUUUGUUUUGAGCUUACCUGUACUAUGUGAUGUUUUGUUAAAAUGUCAACAAGAAAAAGUAAGCAAGGACGAGAACGUUUCGCUGCUUCCAUCUUCAAGUGUUCAAUCUUUCAUUGAUGAUAUUGUCACACUAGACACGACCUGGAAAAGGUACAUAAUUGAUAACGACAAUCAAAUGAUAUCUUCACAUGAUAUGCAAAAGUUACGUGAAAUGUUUGAAAGCAUUGGAAAAGGAAUGGCCGAUCGAUUUUCCGAUUUGGGAGAAGCAUAUGCCAAGACAAUUCAACGAUUUCGAUCACAAUUUAUUGAAAAAAGCAGUUCUUCUGUUCAAAUUGGGAAAACAAAUACAGCAAAAAUUAAGGUUGACCCAAAAAGGCAAACGGAUGCUCCCUUCUUCAUUGAGCAGUAUGGAGAAACAAAUUAUUUUAUAAUUCAGCUGGAUGAUAGGAGACAGUCGAAACAUUUGGAGCUACGAUCAAGUGAAGAUUUGAAAGUAAGAAUGGUUUUGAGGUCUAACGACACUCCAGAAUGGAGAGAAAUUACUGAAAAUGUUCUUAAAUUAGACAUCUCAGAUCUCAACUCCAAUCCAGUGCUCCUUGAAAAUGACAUCAUCGUUGACUGUAUUGAAAAAGGUUGCAUUGUUGUAAGUUUCAACACAGCGUCAGGAAAUUCAAUCAAAGCUUCACUCAAAAAACUAUUCGAUGUAUUAUUUCGAUUACUGGAGAUGGAAAAGACGUUACAGAAAUACAAGGUUCCUGUAAUUCAAGUAAAUGGAUAUAUCUACUGUCCUGAGAAAUUUGCCGAAGAACAAAGUUCAAAGAAGCAUCAGGAUAUAUCUAUUAUUCGGCAUCUAUCAUGGACAAGUACGACGCAAAACUGCGAUAUAGAUAUAUAUGUCACUAACCUAAUGAAAAAUCUUAUCCAAAACGAGUUUUCAACAGAUGUUGACGAGCAAAUUGAACUCCAAAUCAUUUGGAAUAUUGCGUCUGACAUGGAAUCCUCCCAAAUUACAUCUAGCUAUGAAAUAAGGAAACUAUUAACAAAAGAGUUUGAAGCACUAGGAUUAGAAAUUAAAAAUGUGAAGGAAUGUGCAAACAAAAUAGUUUUGAACAUGAAAUGUACUAGAAAAAUUGCUUACUCAAACUUUGUAAAGGAUGGAGGGCAAAUAUCCAUUAUCUCCGGGAUUCUUUUUAGCCAUAUUUCAGCGUCAUUCCUGAUUUUAUCAGCAUAUCUGGACACCAAUUUUGUCAAUGACUCAGUUUCAGGCCAGGGUUUGGUAUUUUACUUGAAUCCGUUGUCAAAGAUUUCAGAUGCAUUGGCCACUGGCAUGUUCUCAAAAAUCGUCACGGCAAUGUUAGAAGGAAAAGAUUCCUCUUUGAUGAGAAACGACGAAGAUGUCAAGAUUAAGGCAAUCCUUGAAUAUUGCGAAGAUACAACAAAAGAGAAGUAUUUUCCAAAAAAGGAAAAUAGAUCAAAGAUAUCCAGUGAUCGAGAUGUACAAAGUUCAACAGAAGACUUAAUGGAACAAGAAGCAGACCUUGAUUUAUUUGACGCAUGUCAAAUGGGAAAUCCAAAUCUGGUUCGACGCCUUCUUGAGAAUGGAAGGAAUCCCAAUGCAAGGAAUGCAAAUCUUCAAUCUCCCCUUCAUGUGGCAGCGGAAGGCAACCAUCUUCGUGUUGUAGACAAUUUAUUGAAUUUUGGUGCUAAACUGAAUGUAUUUGAUAAAAACCAUGACUCUCCACUUACUAAAGCAUCAUGCAAAGGACAUAGCAAAAUGAUAGCAUUUCUUUUAAAGAAAGGAGCAGAUGUUGAAAUAGUUGACAAAAAUAAGCAUACUCCGCUCUAUUUAGCGGCUGAAAAGGGACACCACUAUGCAUUGACAACUUUACUGAAAUUCGGUGCAGUUGUAAAUUCUAGUAGUGAUAAUCAAGUGACUCCGUUGCAUAUUGCUUGCAGGAAAGGGCAUACUAACAUCGCACAUGACUUAUUAUUGUAUGGUGCCGAUGUUCAAUGCAUCGAUGAAGAUUUCAAUACGCCUCUUCACACAAUAUUACUUCACAUGGGGAAUAACUCUCAUUGCAUCCUCGUUGUAGAGGAAUUGUUAAACAAAGGUGCUCUUGUCAACAAGAGAAACGGGGAAAUGAAAACACCUCUCUGCAUCGCAUCAGAGAAAGGCUUGAUCAAUGUAAUUCCCAUAUUAAUGAACGCUCAUGCAGAUCCUAACUUUUCUGACAAUAAAAACAACUUGCCUCUUCAUUUGGCUGCCAAAAGCAAUCACAUAGAAAUUGUUGAAAUAGUUUCCAAAUUCAGUCAAAACUUUGAUAGAUGUAAUGCCGAAGGAUUGACACCAAGAAUGCUUUCCCAAGAAAAUGAAGCUAUGUCAAAGAUUUUUGAAAAUUUUGAAGAAAAAGAGGAUUUUAGAAGUGUUGCUUACAAGUGCGCAAAGCAAGGACAAAAAGACAAACUUACAACAUUUCUGAAACAAAUGGAUUAUUUGGAUGAAAAAGAUCCCUUUGGAAGAUCUCUGUUAUAUGUUGCAUCUUGUAAUGGACAUGUCGAUAUUGUCAGACUGCUAAUUACUUCAACGUUGGACGUUAAUGAUUGUGAUAAUUUUAACAGGUCUCCGUUAAGUGUUGCUGCGGAAAAUAGGUAUUAUUCAAUUGUUGAAUGUUUGCUUGAGGCAGGAGCGGAUUCGAACAAAGUCGACAGUUUGGGAAGAACGGCGCUACACUACGCAAUUAAAUCAGGCAGUGUUGAUAUUCUAAGUACCAUUUUACAACAUGGGCAUUGUGUGUACAGGGAAGAUAACGAAGGAAAGACGCUGCUUCAUUUCUGUGCAAAAUAUGGAAAUGCCAGCAUUGCAAACGUUUUACUUACAAGUAUGGUUGACAUUAAUGUCAAUCAGUGUGAUCUGCGAAAUGUCUCUCCUCUGCAUGAGGCAAUAGAAAAUCAACAAUUAGAUGUAGUAAACACUCUUCUUUCACAUGGGGCUGAUACAAAUAUGCAUGACUCAGAUGGAAGAACGCCUUUGCAUUUGGCGGCAAAAAGUGGUAGCAUUACCGCAGUAAACAUUUUGAUAAAAGAUGGAGCACAAAUUAAUGAACGGGAUAACUUAUUUCAGACCCCGAUUUUUCUAGCAGCCCUAUUUGGUCGAAGUGUGUUAAAGGAUUUAAUAGUAAAUGGAGCAGAUUUGAACCUUCCUGACGACAAAGGGAAAACUCCAUUGCACGUAUCAAUCCUUAGUAGACAUUCAUUUGCAGCAACUUUUCUGAUUCAACAAAAUGCUAUCGUCAAUGCAGUAAAUCAGGAAGGAAAGACUCCAUUGCAUAUAGCAUCUCAUUUUGGAAAUUCAGAUUUAGUUGAUCUUUUGCUAAAAGCUGGCGCGGGUGUAAACGCAGUAGAUAUCAACAAUCGAACUCCUCUUCAUAGGUGUACAUCUACCCAUGUGUUAACAUCUUUGAUACAAAGUGGGGCAUCUGUAAACUCCAAAGAUAAUAGAGGGAAAACUUUACUCCAUUACACGAUUGAAUAUCUGUGCGACUCUGAGAAGACAUUAAACAAGGCCGAUGAAUAUUUAAGCAUUGUAAAUGAGCUCUUGUCGCAUAGGGCAGACGUAUGUCUUCGUGACAACAGAUUGGACACUAUAAUCCAUAAAGUAGUGCAUGCAUCCAAUUACCACCUAUUGACAGAAUUACUCAGUUUUGAUUUCGAUUUGAACACAAGGGAGGUGUUAAUUGAUAUUGUAAAUGAUUGUUUGAAACAAAGUGAAAACGAGUUUGUCAUUGAUGUCCUAAAACGAUGGGUCAGCAUUCAGCAGACACAAACAGAUUGCGAACAACUGGUAUGUAUGAACACACAGGAAAGGGAAGUGUGUCCCCCUCAUCUUUUACACCAGCAUGAAGAAUGGCUUCGCAAACAUAAGUGUUUGAAAAGAGCAAACGUUCUUCGAAGAGUGAUGUCACUCGAGAAAGAUCAUAAUGGAAAGGAUGGAAGAAAAAGAAAAGAAUCUGUUGGAGAAUCUUCACUUAUUGAACCACUUGAAAAAAUGUUACGAGUUCCAGAUCAUGAUGGAAAGGAUGGAAGAAAAAGAAAAGAAUCUGUAGGAGAAUCUUCACUUAUUGAACCACUUGAAAAGAUGUUACGAGUUCAAGGUCAACAGGAUUGAGAUAACGGCAAAAGUUUCAUAACAUUGAUACCUAAACAUUGUACAAAGCGAAUCCUUCAAGUCCGAUGAAUAUAAGUUCAUGAUUGUAUGGAAUGUAUUGCGGUCUGUUUUAUGCAUCACUUUUAAUUUCAGUAAAAUAAAAUUGUUUUAACUUUAUACUGGUCGACAAUGUUACAUCAACUGUGCAUUGAUUUUAAUGACUUUUUUGUAGUUCUAUGAGCAGCUUUCAAUGCAAAAUAUCUUAUCAAUACUUUAAAAAAUUCUUUAGAUAUCUAAAAAAAAAUUAAUAUUUUUGGUGUGCGCAUCACUAUUACACAAAACAUGUAUCGGAUGGUUGUCAGAUGUGAAUGCCUUUAAGAAUGAUAUGCUUUUUUUGUUCGAUGGCUUUGCAUAACACAAUUUGUUUUCAUAUCAACUCUUCUUCGUUUAAUAAAUAGAACAAAGAGAAA